GUGUAGAGUAGAGUCCAUUGGGAUAAGCCUCCAUCUCUGAACCCACAAGCCUUCUCAAUCCUUCCUUCAAUGGCUUCUUCAACUCUCGUCCCCAUUUCCUCUAUUUCCCUUCGUUCUUCUCCUUCCCACCGCCUCUCAAUUCCACUUUUCAAGCCUUUCCCCCUCCUCCAUUCCCCUGUUUCCGUACUCUCAAUCUCCUCCUCCUCCUCUUCCUCCAUUCUCUCUGCAACUCGAGCCAAAUCCUCUGACACCGACACCACCUUCUUCGACAACGUCAAUCCCGAUGAAGACAUCGCUUUUGACCCUCCCGAAGUCCCCGAAGGCUUCGUCCCUCCACCCUCCUUCGACGAGGGCCCUAUGGAAACCGAGGAAGAAAUUGCCGCUGCUUACGAGGAGAUCUAUGGCCCCGCUUACAGUGGAGUCAGUGUUCUUGGAAACGACAUUUAUGUAAUGGAUUCUAAGGUCAAGAAAGCGGGCGGGUUUGGCUCCAAGGCCAAGAAGGAGAAGCCGCGAGAUGGGUUCGAUGAGCGGGUUGUCCAAGUUCGGAGGGUUACUAAAGUGGUUAAAGGUGGGAAACAGUUGCAUUUUAGGGCAAUUGUUGUUGUGGGUGAUAAACAGGGCCAAGUUGGUGUUGGUGUUGGUAAAGCUAAAGAAGUCAUCGCCGCUGUUCAGAAAUCGGCAGUUAAUGCUCGCCGGAAUAUUGUCACUGUUCCCAUGACCAAGUAUCUAACAUUUCCCCACAGGUCGGAGGGAGAUUAUGGAGCAGCAAAAGUAAUGCUAAGACCUGCUUCUCCUGGUACUGGUGUGAUUGCUGGUGGAGCAGUGAGAAUCGUCCUUGAAAUGGCUGGUGUUGAGAAUGCUUUAGGGAAGCAACUUGGGAGUAAUAAUGCCCUCAACAAUGCUAGAGCGACAGUGGUCGCCGUGCAGAAGAUGAAACAGUUUAGGGACGUUGCACAAGAGCGUGGCAUCCCCAUGGAAGAGUUGUGGAAGUGAAGAGGGAAAUGGUGAGGCUUCAUUUUUCUUUUGUCUCAUUUUUUUUUCUUUGACGUAUAUUAGUGCAUCUAUUCUUGUAACUCGGUGUUGUAAAAACGACAGUCAGGCUUCAUUCCUUUUGUUUCUUACCUCAUCUCUUUACAACAUAUAUAAGUUGACCACCUAGUCUUGUAAAGGAAGUGAGUUUAUUUUUCUGUUGCUUCAUUCUCUAAAUGGGUAUUAUUAAAAUUUUAAGGAUCUUGAAGGAAUAAGAACAUUGUCCUAAGUUCUCAAGUGUUCAGCUAUCUAAAAAUGUUGUACAAGUCAACCCAACGUAAUUCAUGAUUUACGAAUUUGACUAAUUUCUGUAAUCUAAAAUAAACAUUUUUGUUUUAAUAAUAAUAUUUUAGAAUAUAUUAUCCUCUAUAAUAUUUCUAAAACUCUUCCAUUCCUUCAGUAAUGGUGUCUGCAGAGAUCUUGAGGAAGCAGAAUCUUCACAACAUCAGAGAAAAGAGAAGCUUUUUUUGUAGACAUCUUUAUUCUAUAACAUUUUUGUACUCUAAUAAAUUAAAACUCAAUUUUGUAUUUAAUACGUUUAAGAAAAUCCAUUGUCCAAAUUGAAUCUAAACUCAAAAUCUGUAGAGCAGAUUGAUAUUUUCCUAAAAUCAUUGAAGUGACCACUUGGAUUGGUAUGGUUGGGAAAUUAUUGUACAGCCCAUGGGGCUUGAAAUUUUCAACUUUUUUUGAAGUGUAAUAUUACUCUCUUGUCUCUCCACACAUUUUGGAA